GGCGACGUCUGGGCGAAAACACGUGUGACAAUUAUUUAUAAAUUACUACUUAUCGUUGUAAUUUACUGAAAAAAAAAUAAAAUUUCAGUACUUUUUUCUGUUGCCGGUAAUUGAUGAAAUAAAUAUAACCUAAAAAUUGGUGGAUCAAAUCGAAGCCAUUGAAUCAAUAUACAAACAAUACAAGAUUUGAAAAUCGAAAACUCUUCGCUUCUAAUCAUAAUAAAACUUUUCCUAAUUUAAAAUUCAGGUUUAAAUAUAGAAGACAAUAAUAAUCAUUAGAAAAAAAUUAACAAAAGUAUAUCAGUAUUAGUCUUCCAUGUGCAAUUAUUAUAAUAAUAGUGAUGUGCAUUAGUGUGAGUGUGUAUUAUUAGCCAAAGUUUGAAAAAGUGUGUAUUAUUAACUGUUAUUAUGGAAAUGCUACGAAUUGGAGUGUUUCCGAUCGCAUUGACAAUCGGCCUUACAUAUCUAAACGUGAAAAAGAACUCUUACAGUAGAAGAGGUGUACAAGGACAGAGAUCAGUUCGCGGGUCUUGUUCGCGAGGUGGCAGCACCGGACGUGGGGCGCAUGGGCAUCGAGAUCCUGUCGUUCACCAUCAAGGACGUGUACGAUGAUGUCCAGUACCUCGCCAGCUUGGGCAAGGCGCAGACGGCGGUCGUCAAGCGCGACGCGGACGUUGGAGUUGCGCAGGCCAACCGAGAUGCCGGCAUCAGAGAAGCGGAGUGCGAGAAGAGUGCGAUGGACGUGAAGUACUCGAUGGACACGAAGAUCGAGGACAACACGCGCCUGUUCAAGCUGCAGAAGGCGCAGUUCGACCAGGAGGUCAACACUGCGAAAGCGGAGGCGGCGCUGGCGUACGAGUUGCAAGCUGCAAAAAUAAAACAAAAGAUACGAAACGAGGAGAUUCAGAUCGAAGUCGUUGAGAGACGCAAGCAGAUUGAGGUAGAACAACAGGAGAUCCUGCGUCGUGAGGAGGAGCUGAAGGCAAUGGUCCGUCUGCCAGCCGAGGCAGAGGCUUACCGUCUACAGGCUAUUGCGGAAGGAAAACGCACUCAAACUGUGGAAGGUGCUAAAGCCGACGCCGAGCGUAUCAAGGUGCUCGGUUUGGCUGAAGCCACCGCCAUCGGUGACGUGGGUAAAGCUGAUGCGGAGCGCAUGUUGGCUAAGGCUAAAGUCUACAAGCAGUAUGGAGACGCGGCCAUCAUGGCGCUCGUACUUGAAGCGUUGCCUAAGAUCGCAGCAGAAGUAUCAGCACCGCUCGCCAAGACGGACGAGAUCGUCCUGGUCGGUGACAACGGAGCGACUGGUGAAGUGGCUCGGCUGGCUGGUGGUAUACCUCCAGCUUUGAAGACCCUCACGGGGCUCGAUCUCAGCCAGGUGCUGAAGAGGCUGCACCCCAACGGCAACGAUCCUAUGGCUGCGGGCACCAGUAAGAAGAAGACACCAGAAGUAGCAGCAUGUUAAGAACCAAUUAGAAAGCAGGAUAACAAUGCAACGUAUUACUCCAACCAAUAGCAACACGUUGCGUGAACAAGCAGUCAGUGCCAUACAGUUACCGCUGAUCAUGAUACAUGGUACAAUCAAAAUAGCCUUUGUAAGCAAUUCAAUGUAUUUUCAAGUACCUUACUUAUAAUAAUGUAAGCUCAGAUCAAUAAAAAAUGAAAUAUUUACUUAAACUGCGGCGUGUAAAGAUAUACUUUUGGCCUUAACAAUAAUCUAUAUUUGUUCUUUGACAUUAAAUACCUUUAUCACAAAGUAAUAAUGAAUUUUGUAUCUUUGAGGAUAUUUCUCGAAACAAGGGAUUAUUGUAUGAGAACUUCAUUCUGUUGCAAGUCUUAUGUACAGAUAUCAAUCUACACCAAUCUGUCUUUCUUCAUUCGAUUUACGACUUUAUUACAAAACAAUAAAGCUUUAAAUCAGUAAAGAAAUUUGACAGACUCUGUACAAUGUUCUCAUUGGUUAAAUGGCAUCUGUCAACCAAUCACAGAUAAGAUCUGACAACAGAGUUUUUUAAUGAUCUGAAACCAAGGCUUUUACGUAUAAGUUAUGUAUUAAUUAUUUCUACUAAAUGCAUGGUGUAUUUUGAUCGAAUACUCAAACUAAAGCAUAGACAUAGAGAAUGGACCGAGAAAUCCUCCACUAUUUGUAUUAUUUAGGAGAAGAGACAACGAUUAUGUCCAUUCCUUUUGUAAACUAAUCUGAUCAUUCAGAUAAAUAUGUUACUGGCAGCCUGCGACAUGAAAACAGACUUCUACAUAAAAAAGACGCAUAAUCGCUUUGUCUCUCUCACACCUUUUUACCUCAUUUACUGUGUAUGUGUCAUGUUCUUUGUCCAGUUUCCUAACUCUAUGGUCUAAAAAAAUAUCACAUCAAAGUCUUGUCGUAUGAUAAAUAUUCUCGUUUAAAAAUCGAUGUGAGUUUUCAAAUCUUGUAUGUUAUACUUACUGCCAUACUCAGAGACGUCGAGUGAUUUUUUUUAAACUAUUCCUUAAUAAAGAUUUUGUUUCGAAAAUAAUUGUUAAGGACUGGUCUGUGAGUACGGCGGUUAAUAUAAAUAAAUGUUAAAUGCCUACUUAGUACAUAACUUGUAGUUUAAAUGUACCUAAAUGUCGACUCAUAGCGUGUUUACCGAACGAAGAUGUAUAUUUUUCAAUAGAAUGACUACAGGUAAAUUGUCUUAGAGAAUUUAGAUUUUGUACAACUGUGUAGUAAUUUAUAUAUUAAUAAGACAACGUGUUCUAAGGCACUGCCCUUUUCCGUAGAUUUUCAAAAUUGUGUGAGUUACCGCCGUAUCAAGCAAUGUUUAUAAAUUGUACAAGUUUUUGCUUAACAUAUACUUCUGAUAUUUAAACUCAUUAUAAAGAGACGGUUACACUUAAAUAGUUUUUAAGGUUUUUUUUCGCAGUCGAAUUGUGUGACAAUUUCGACGUUCGUUUUUCAGCUUUGUAAGGAAUUUUAAAGGUUAUGUUCUUAAGUAUAGAGCUUGAAAUCCCACCAAUACUUACUUUGUUAAGUAAGAUUUUAAGGGUGCGAUUUAUUUUCGUGUGGUGUGCGUUUGUACUGAAUUCCAAAGCAAUGGCAUUUUUAAAAAUUUGACAUUUAGUAAUUAUAAUUAUUAUUUUACGUACAUACUUGAAGUUAAUGGAAUAAUUUAAUUUUUUGUUGUUGGUUUCAUAUUUUGUUGUUCUCAUUUUUCUGUUAUUUCGUACUACGUCUUGUAUUUAGAUUGUAUUCUAAUAUAUUUGCACAACAAAUGGAUGUAUCUGAAAUAUUUUCUUUAUGGUAUUGAAUAAGCUAAAUGAUUAUUUUAAUAAAAAUAUGUGUAACAA